AAAUAAAAUACUUCCGCAAAGGUUUAUAAACAGAAGGUAUCAAGGCACGUAGCCAAAUGCGCACAGUUAAGCGAAAAUAGGAAGAUAAUGUCGAAAAGACGAUGAGAUAUCAGGAACAUGUUUAAGAGGAAAAAUGACGUUGUAGUGAAAUAAGUGCAAUGGCACGGGGAAGAAAAAAAAGAGCGACGAACGUAAAAGAAAGCAAAUGAGGGAAGAGAUGGAUGAUGUAGAAAGAGGAAUCUCUGCAUUUCCUGAUCGCGCUUCAGUUCCUUUUCACUCGUGUAGGUGACGCUGCCUCAAAUGAGUCAGAAAACUCUCACAUUCACCCACACUGAGCGGGAUGGCAUACAAAAGAGGGUGGGAGAGAGAAAUCGGAACAAUGCUGUUAACCUGAAUUCCCAGCUUAACAACGCGCAGAUAUAAAGGGGAGAGGGGAAAGGAGCGGAAUUUGCAGAUCUCCAGCCCGAGGGAGAGAACAUUAUUACAUUCACUCCUUUAUAGAUUCCUAUCCUCCGAGAAACAUCAGCGUUUGGAGUCAGGCUUGCGCUAUAACCUGCAGCUACUUUCGGAAUACAGAAGGCUGAAUUGUACGGGGAGAGAAAGACAAACCCAACUUCAACUGCAGGAAUAGCAAUGAACUACUCAGCAGACCACGACUAAUCGAAUAACAAGGAAGGACUUUUUUUUCGCUUCAGAGAAGGAUUCAGCACCACAUAAAGGACUGCGUCAGGGAACUGAAACACACUUAGGGGACUGGAAUAAGAAAACUUGCCGUUGUCAAAAGUACGGCAGCCUAUUCAGUCUUCAAUUGGGGAUUUUUUUUAUUCAACUGCUCGGACCCGAUCCAGAAGCAAUGCACUUGCAGACGUCGUUUGUUUUAAAGGUCCGCAUCGUGAAAUCAGUUUGCUCUCAUUCGGAUUCCCGUUGUAUCAGCUAGGAUUUCCCUCUCCACGUUCAAUCCAAAGGAGUAUCUGCAUUUAGUCGCAGUUUGGCAGCUCAGCCCUUUUGUACAGAUCUCCGGGUUCAACACGAGUCAUUAACGGCAACCUUUAUUCUGCGGGACUCUGCUCGUCGAACGGCGAGGAAGCGGAUCGCGUUCGCAAUUAUUUUAACGAGCCUUCCCCCCACCCCAGGCCCCCACCUUUUCAACUUUCUGACGGCUUCCAGACCUUUUGUCUUCCGCUGCUCUGCAGAGGAAGAGCUGCGCCUGGAGUCAAUUCGGACGAUCGGAGAAAGAAAGAGGGAGAUUUAGAGGGGGGUAAAAAGCUAGGGAAGAGUGUGAAGAGAAAGGGAAAGACUGCAAUAGCAAGGUUGGGGGAGUCCGGUUGCAGCACGCACAUACACACAUACAUACACCACACAGAGUCCAACCAGCAGCAGCAUGCAGGUAAAGAAACACUAACUGCGGAUGCAGGGCAAACUUGGAACAACGUGACUCCAGAAGCACGUCCGAAAGCACUAGCGGAUUCAGGUGAUCAAUUUGACUCAAUGCUGUUUCUUCUUCAUCUUCACCUUCGUUUGGGUUGUGGCUGCGAAGGCGGCGAUCGCUCCACCGAAAGCAAGAGUUGAGCCCGUUUCGGAAGGAUGUUCCAGUGGUGGCGGGGGGCGGGAGGAAAAGGGAGUCACGGAACUGAAGCAAUGUGUGCGAGUCUGCAAGGCUAGCCCGUUACUUUAUUGAGUGUUUGGAGACGGACAGUUGUCACCCCUCCAGUCGGAAGAGAUUCCACCCCUUUGGCCGAGGGGGGACAGGGGUGGGUAAGAGAAAGAGAGGAAUAAGAAGGGGGUGCGCGGGUGAGAAGAAAGGAAGAGAGAGGCAUGACUUUCUGGUUCCCGCUGCUGCUUUUCUUGCGGACCGCCGCGGUGCUGGCGAGCGCCAAGCAGGCUCUCCGGUACCGGAUCACCGAGGAAGGACCGGCCGAUGUGCGGAUCGGUAACGUGGCCGCCGACCUGGGCAUCGUGGCGGGCUCGGGCGAGGUGACUUUCAGCCUGGAGUCGGGCUCCGAGUACUUCAAGAUCGACAACAUCACCGGGGAGCUGAGCACGACCGGGCGCCGCACCGACCGCGAGAAGCUGCCGCAGUGCCAGAUGAUCUUCGACGAGAACGAGUGCUUCAUCGACUUCGAGGUGUCGGUGAUCGGGCCGGCUCAGAGCUGGGUCGACCUGUACGACGGCCGCGUGGUGGUGGAGGACAUCAACGACAACACGCCGAGCUUCCCGUCGCCGGUGCUCACCCUGACGGUGGAGGAGAACCGGCCGGUCGGCACCCUCUACCUGCUGCCGACCGCCACCGACCGCGACUUCGGCACCAACGGCAUCGAGAGGUACGAGCUGCUGGUGCCCGAGGAGAGCUCCGGCGAAGGAACCCGGAGAAACCCCAGCCCCGAGGCCCAGGCCCGCGGCGGCGGCAGCAGCAGCAGCGUCUUCGAGUUACAAGUGGCCGACACCCCGGACGGCGACAAGCAGCCGCAGCUGAUCGUCAAGGGCGCCCUGGACCGGGAGCGGCGGGACUCGUACGAGCUGAGCCUGAGGGUGAGGGACGGCGGCGAGCCCCCGCGCUCCUCGUCCGCCCUGCUGCGGGUCCUCAUCUCGGACGUGAACGACAACAGCCCCCGCUUCGAGCGAGGCCUGUACGAGGCCGAGCUGGCGGAGAACAGCCCGCCGGGGACCCCGGUGCUGCAGCUGCGCGCCUCCGACCUGGACGCCGGCGUCAACGGUCAGAUCGAGUACGGCUUCGGGGCCGCCACCGAGGCGGUGCGCCGCCUGCUGAGGCUCGACGAGUCGACCGGCCGCCUGAGCGUGCUGCACCGGCCCGACCGCGAGGAGCUGAGCCAGCUCCGCUUCACGGUCACCGCCAAGGACCGAGGGCAACCGGCCCGCACCGACCGCGCCACCGUCUCGCUCCGGGUCCGCGACCAGAACGACAACGCGCCCCGCGUCGACAUCCGCAAGAUCGGCCGCAUCGUGCUGCGGGACGGCGUGGCUCAGGUGGCCGAGGACGUGCUGGUCGACACCCCGGUGGCGCUGGUGCAGGUCUCCGACCGGGAUCAGGGCGAGAACGGGGCGGUGACCUGCACCGUGGUGGGCGACGUGCCCUUCCAGCUGAGGCCGGCCGGCGGAGGGGACGGCGAGGCGGCCGACGGAGAGCAGCGGGCCCGCAAGUAUUUCCUGCACACCUCGGCGCCGCUCGACUACGAGGCGGCCCGCCAGUACACGGUGGCCAUCGUGGCCGUGGACUCGGGCAGCCCCAGCCUGUCCGGCAACAACUCGCUGCUCGUCCGCGUCACCGACGUCAACGACAACCCGCCCGUCUUCCCGCAGCCGCUGGUGCGGGUCUCGGUGGCGGAGAACAACCGGCCCGGCGAGCCCGUGGCCUCGGUGCGGGCUUCGGACGCCGACGACGGCAAGAACGCCGAGGUGGCCUACUCGCUGGAGCCGUCGUCGUCGGGAGGAGGAGGUGGCGGCGGCGGCGGCGGUGGUGGAGGAGGUGGAGGAGGAGGAGGAGGUGGGGCCGCGGCGGGCCUGUUCUCCAUCGACCCGCUGAAGGGGGACAUCGUGGCGAACGCGGUGCUGGACCGGGAGCAGACCGAGCGUUACGAGUUCAAGGUGGUGGCCCGGGAUAAGGGCAGCCCCAGCCUGCAGGGCAGUGCCACCGUGCUGCUGCAGGUGACCGACACCAACGACAACGAGCCCCGCUUCAUGCAGGACGUCUUCACCUUCUACGUGAAGGAGAACCUGCCUCCGCACAGCCCGGUCGGCAUGGUGACCGUCAUGGACGCCGACCAGGGCAGCAACGCCGAGCUCAGCCUCCUGGUCGAGGAGGACGGCGGCAUCUUCUCCAUCGACAACGACACCGGCACCAUUUACUCCACCGUGUCCUUCAACAGGGAGCAGCAGACCACCUACUCUUUCAAAGUGAAAGCCGUGGACGGCGGGGACCCCCCGAGGUCGUCCACGGCCAUGGUGUCGCUGUAUGUCAUGGAUGAAAACGACAACGCGCCGACCAUCACCUUCCCGAAAAACGCCUCCUACACUCUGCUACCCCCUUCCAGCAACCUGCGGACUGUGGUGGCUACAGUCCUAGCGACAGAUCGAGACACUGGCAUCAACGCUGACCUCAACUACAGCAUCGUGGGGGGAAAUCCCUUCAAACUUUUUGAGAUUGAUUCAGCCAGCGGUGUAAUCUCUUUGGUGGGAAAGCUCACCCAGAAGCACUACGGACUACACCGGUUGAUAGUGCAGGUUAAUGAUAGUGGACAGCCUUCGCAGUACACCACUGCAAUGGUCCAUGUAUUUGUGAAUGAGAGUGUUUCAAACGCUACAAUAGUGGAGGCACAAAUAGCUAGAAGUCUUCGCACUUCAUUGAAGCAAGACAUUGCAGGUGAUCCAAAUUAUGAGAUGAGCAAGCAACGACUGAGCAUUGUUAUUGGGGUUGUUGCCGGUGUCAUGACAGUGAUUUUAAUCAUCUUGGUUGUGGUGUUGGCGAGGUACUGUAGACCCAAAAAGUCCAAGAAUGGAUAUGAGGCAGGAAAAAAGGAUCCAGAAGACUUUUUCACCCCCCAGCAACAUGACAAGUCUAAGAAACCCAAGAAGGACAAAAAGAACAAAAAGUCCAAACAACCUCUGUACAGCAGCAUUGUGACUGUGGAAGCAUCAAAACCAAAUGGACAGAGAUAUGACAGUGUGAAUGAGAAACUUACAGAGAGCCCUGGCAUGGGUCGCUAUCGGUCCAUGAAUGGCGGACCUGGGAGCCCUGACCUCGGCAGGCAUUACAAAUCUAGCUCCCCAUUGCCAACAGUUCAGCUUCAUCCCCAGUCACCCACUGCAGGAAAGAAACAUCAGGCAGUGCAAGAACUACCACCUGCUAACACCUUCGUAGGGACAGGUGACAACAUCUCAAUUGAAUCAGACCAUUGCUCUGAAUACAGCUGUCAGAUAAAUAACAAGUACAACAAGCAGCCUUUUCGUCGUGUGACUUUCUCUGUUGUGAGUCAGCCUCAGGAUCCACAUCAGGGGUCCCUACAAAGCUGUUAUGAUAGUGGCUUGGAAGAAUCGGAAACACCGAGCAGCAAGAGUUCAUCAGGACCAAGACUAGGCUCACUCCCACUUCCGGAAGACAACUACGAGAGGACCACACCUGAUGGCAGCGUUGGUGAGGCAGAACACAUGGAAAAUGAUUCAAGGCCUUUGCCUGAUGUAGCUUUGACAGGAAAAUGUACACGUGAAUGUGAUGAGUUUGGCCACUCUGACUCCUGUUGGAUGCCAGUGCGCACCUCACCAGAGAGAAGAAAAAAGAACCCACCCAAGCUUUCUACAUUCAUGCCUGUCGCAGAUCGAGGCAGUCAAGAGAAGCUCGCCAAUGGUGCCCCUCAGAUUAUAGGUGAUCGCAAUCGAAACCUUCUCAACAAGAGGCUGACUUCAUCAUACGAGAACUUCAACAAUGCUAGUUAUGCUAAAAAUGAGGAAGGCAAUCCUGAAGAUAUACCCCUGACACAAACAGCAGAUUUCAAGCCAUCUUCUGUUUCUCAACUCACGAGAAGAGAAGUCUACCUGUGAAAAGUCUCAGCAUGAUAUUUCAAAAGGCAACACAUUAGAUAUAUAAAUCAAAAAGAAUUAAAACAUUGUGCAGGAUAUCCCAUAAAGGGGGCUACCAAAGAGAUAUAUUAAUGUCUGCUGUUUCUGAUUCCACAUCUGGCACUUGACCAUGAACUGCUUGACAGUUCUGUUAAAUUAUAGAAAUCAUUCUGACUCGCCAAUUACAUGCAUGCUGUAUCCUGAACCUUACCCCCACCCUACCCAAAACCUUGAAGACAUACACACACACACACACACACACACACAAUUUUCUACUUUAAAAAAUAGCAAGUGUAUUUACUAGGGGAAAAUGUAGUUAAAAGAGCACAGGGGUAGUACAGUAUUAAGUAUCUUAUAUAAUGUAACUGUCUCAUUGUUUGAAGCAUGAUUUCAACUUCCAGAGUAUGGAUUGCAAUGUGUUUUGUGACAUUUUCACUUGGAAACUAAUGCUUGGUUUGGAUGAUGGGUCAAUGUAGAAUUUUGAAAGUGUAUUACACUCAGAAUACAUUCAAUUGGGGAUGUUCCUGUUAACAUUUACUUGAACUACUGCAAUUUCAGGCAGGCUGAUGUAUCUAUUUAAACGACUUCAGUUCUGGCAUCUUACAAGCCUUUUGGAGACAUUGAUGAAACAAGGCUAACCAAGGUUGGAGACACAAAAUGUACAUUUUUAUUCCUGUUGCAAGACUUUGAUAAAAUUCAUAAACCUGGCUAGAAGCCAUGAUAACACUGUACCAAGCUGAAUUUUUUUUUUAAAUCUGCAAUGGUUGGCUUCACUAAGUAAUAACAAGACCUCUAUCAUCUACAACCCCAUUACAUUAUUGGAGUUGACAAGAUUAAGGACAAAAAUAACAAUCACAGGGAGAGUUCCUGUUUUGCGGGCCAUGUAGAAGAAGCAGUUGAUAUAUUAGGAGCAUCGCUUUGUGAACUUAAACACAGACACAACCAUGAUAUAAAACAUGAAGCCACUGCUAUAUGAACACGAGUCAAAGGCCCAAACAACACCCUGGAGAAAACUUGCUGUAGGAUGUUGCUCUAGGGUUCUACUGUGAAAGCCAACACUAUUCCAGUCCCAGGUAAAACUGUCAAUUGAUUCACGUAAAAGAAAGCACUUCAAUGCUGGUUGUAGAUUGAAAACUGCUGUUGCACAAGAAACAAGAUGGUUUAAAUUCGUGUUUGAAUGGAUGAUUCUUUACUUUUGUGACAAGUUGUCCAACAUAACAGCCUAGAAAUCCCGUUUUACUGUUAUAUUAGUCUGGGAUGUUUAAAAACUAAUUUGCUCAGGAAAACAGUAAUGUUGGAAAACUCUUCUGUUUUUCAUAUCUGAUAAGACAUGCUAGGCGAACGUCAGUAAACUGCAUGUUAUUGCUUUAGCAAAAGUGUAGCAUUAUCAAGUUCAUGACCACCCUAAAACAGGACUACAGCACAUUGUUGUGGUUGGUAUAGUUUAAUCAGUUGACUUAAAUGUUUAGUGGUGUUAAUUGCAAUGGAGUUUUACCAACCAGAAAUGCAGCUUUGACUAGCUAAAAAUCAAGACUGUUACAUGCAAUAUGUACUUUUGCCAGAGUUUUGUUCUUUGGGCUACAAGAGAAUGAGUUGCAGAGUUGUACAGAAUUGCUUAAAAUAUAUUUCAGGGCACUGGAAGUGUUGAAGGAUCUUCACAGUUAAUUACAGUGAAGUAUCAAAAGAUCAAUUAUUCUCUGAGAUGCACCAAACAAAUAUGGACAAAUUCUGCUCAAUCACAAAAUAUCAUUAUUUAAAGAGAAACAAUAAUAUACAGUUCAAAGGGAUGAACUACAAAGUGGCAUGCAAGGUGAAACUUGAUGUUGCUUUGGUAAACUUUGGACAAGAUACAGCUUUUGGUAGAAAAUGCUUUUCAUAAUAUGCAUAGAGUUAUUUAAAGUUGUUGCAGCUUAAAUAUUGGUCAAUUAUUCAAUAAAUACUUGUUGCACCCUUUGUUUACCUGGUGCCUGCUGUCUUUCACUGUUUUACUGCAUCCUUUCCAUGAUGUUUAAGCCAUUAAUUGGAAUAUUUCUUAUAUUACUUGGCACAUGAAUGAUCUGAUAUAAUUCUACGUAUUCAUGGUGAAAGCAGUGUUAAACAGUGGACAGCUGUGGUGUAAAUACAAUACGAGGUCGGCUAUUUGAUUAUAAUUAAAGAUGUUUGUAUUCAAUGUUCAAAUUUCUAUUCAAUAGUGAGAUACAAAGCUGCUCCUAGCGUGCUGCUGUGUAGAUACAGUAAGUACUUGUUGUUAAUGGAUGUUCUCAUAACUUGCAAAUAUAUACAUAAGUAUUUUUAUUGCACGUUAAAAAAAACAUUCACUAAAUGCAAAGAAAGUUUCUUUAAUGAUAACAACUGUAGCAUUUUGUUUUCUUAACUGCAAGUAUGAAGGUAACCAACUCAGUUAGAUUGUGACCGUUCUAUAGUACUUAGCUUCAUAUUCCCAGAAAUGCAAGUCACCCAGAUUGAUUGGAUUAAUUUAGUUAUGCAACUUAGUCUUUCAUUGCACACGGUAUACAUAAUGAGCACCAUUCACAAAGAACAGAAGCCCAACCAUAAUAAUUGCACAUAUAUUUGACAUGAAAUUUGAACAUGUGCAAAGUAUUCGGGACUUAUUUUGAUUUAAGCAUUUGCAUCAAGCAAGAGCACCCAGAUUGAAACACUAUUUUCAAACUCCUUUGGUGUCUUGAUGGGGCAUUUUGUUAGAUUAUGCCUUUCUUUAUGAGAUGGUUUAAGUAUUGGCGUUAUCUGAUACUACACAUGAGCAUACUCCUACAAACAGAGUGAAUGCAAUCUAUGAAACUGUGCCUUUUAUAUCUAGAGGUAUAAAUAACAUUUGAUUUGAUGAGGGGAGAGAGGGGCAAUAAUGUUGAAAUUUUCUGCAAAGUAGAUUUGACAAGAGGAGCGCAUUGGCUUUUCAUACAUAUAAAAAUGUGGUGUAAAAUUUAAUGUUUUCUAUUAUCAGAUACAAGGCCAUACAAAAAGUCAGUAUGCACAUGAUGAAAAUUUGGUGUGAUGAUUUUGUUUUCUUCUGGAUAUAGUGUUAAUUUAAUGCUUAAAUCAAAAACAGAUGUACAUUUUAGUUGGGUAAUUGCCUUUUCAAACCUGUGAAUUGUCAGUAUUAACUUAAAAAAUGUGUUGACUUUGAUUAAAAUGUUGUAUGUUUACACACAAAAUAUCCUCAUUGCAAAUGCGUUUUUAUUUAUACACAAAUCCACAUAAUCAUAGUAGAGUUUCUAGCAUUUAUUACUAAGCAAUGGCCUCUGCCCAUACCGACUUACACUGAAUCAAAGAAAGCCCACAUUUGGUAAGUGCAUCUGAUGUAAGUAGUUGAAGCAUCAAUGAGUUCACAGUUUUUACAAAAAUAUAUAAAUUGUUCUGGCCAAAAUGUUUUGUGGUCUGACAUAAAUCUGAGUGUCUGAGAAGGAACAAUUUUAUUUUCCACGAUGGGGAUAAAAAGCUGAUUGAAAGAGUACUGCGGGAAAUGCAACAACACUAUUCAUGCAGUUUUAGGUGGCACCAAGGAAUACAGAUCGGAUUUAAUAUUCACAAACAUUUAGUACAAUUUCCCAAAAGAACUUUCAUGAAAUAAGAAUUGCCAGUGCCAUUAUAUAUAUUUUUAAAUACAGCUGUGUUACUUAACCUGUUCCCAAGUACCUAAUUUAAUAAGAACAAUACACACCAUCUUGGCAAAGAAAUGUAAACAGUAUAAUUCUAAUCAAAAAUGGCUCAUUUUAUUAUAGCAAAAAUGAUUUAUACAGGUAAUUUUCUAAUUAAAAACAAAGCAGUCAUAUGGUGAAAUAUAUUCAGUGGACUCUGCUGUUUAAAAAUCUCAAAUACUCUUCUAAUUUAAAGCAAUACAUUACCUUAGGCAAUACUUAAAGAACUAUCAUUUUGCAUGCCUUCAGUAUGCUUCCAGUCAGCAUUCCAUGAGAUGAAAGCAAUUCAAUUCUAUGCUUUUCUGAUCUGCUUGUAAUAAUAAUCAUGAACUAUUGUGCUGUGACUUGGGUGUUGAUAGCAAAGUGGAGAACAAUUUAUCAUCAUUUACUUACUAUGAGUCACUAAGCAAGUAGCUGUGUUGAACAUGACUAAAUAUAUUGAACAUCCAUCCACUUCUGUUUAUAAAAUAACAAACAUGAUUUAAUCAUCACUGUACAGUUUGCUAUAAAUAAAAUAAUUGUUUUUUGUUAUCUGCAUAUUAACUCAUAACAUGAUGGAAUUUUCUUGUAACAUUUUCAUUUCUAUGCAUUCUGAGGCAAGUUGUUGUGAACUUUUCCUUUCUUCCUCCCACUCAGCCACCUUUUGUGUAUAUACAUACACAGCUUUUAGUACUGGUUGUAGCAGCUUUGUAAUAUGACAUUAAUUGGAGCAAAUUAAGUUUUCCAAGUCGGUUUUAUUUUUAAAAAGAAUAUGAUGUUAUGCAGGAGAAAUUCUGACAGUUCUUGUUACUACCUUGCUCCUCCUCCAUUUCCAUUAUAUUUAUAUUGUUGAUUUAUGAUACACUUUGAACAUUGUUAAUGUAGUAAAUAAUUUGAUGUCACGCUGCAAUCUGCAGCAGAAAAGCAGGAUCUGA